GACCCAAUGAGCCUUAAGAACGCGUUGCGCGAGGUGUCACUAUCUUUGGUUGAAGAGGAAAUAAAUUCCGAAAAAGCAAAAGAUUCAGAGAAAGGUAUUUUGCGCUUUCGCAAGACACUUCAGGGUUCAGGUGAUGUGCGCAAAUAUGGUCAAGUUAAAUUUCAAAGGAAUCAACGUCGUAAACGAAUUUCAAAGAAUAGGUCUUGGAAACAAUUCGCCUCCAGCACUGGUUUAAGAGCUCCACCGAGGAAGAAGUCUAAAGAUGCUAUCAUGGGGACCGUCAGACCCCGUGAGGACCUAGUGAACCUGGGUAAAUCGAUACUGCGCUCGCGGCGAAAGCUUCUGGAUCCUGGACCUCCGCCACAAGUUAAGAGAAAGCGCAAGAGUCUCUUCCAAGAGAAGGAUUUCAGGAAACUCGGUCAGGACUUGCGUACUUUAUUUUGUUCAUAG